UUUUUACCUGUUUUGUUUGUUUUUUUCCCUCCUGUAUGCCCCACUACGCAUCGGCAGACCCCCGGGCACCGAGAAAUAGGUACAUAUAUGUACCUAAGUACUUAUGUAAACACUGGAGGUACCAACAUCAGUACUGGUAUUAAAAUGAUGCAGUUGGCCGUUAUGUCUUCUCUCCCUUACCUCAGUACGUGGUUAGUAACCUACCUAGGUACUUACCUAGGUAGGUAGGGUACCUACUAUACGUAGGCCACCUCCUCAUUGUCUAUGUUCCCUCUGUAAGAAAAAAAAAUGUUUAGGUUACGACACUGCCGGCUACCGAAAAUUGGGCGCUCGGGACCUAUCUGAAAAUACCAGGAACGGCCGCCGACAAGCUGCGCAACAGCGACACUACUUUCUUAAACAAAAUCUAUCCUCUUUCUCUUUUCAUCACCUACGUAUCUACCCUUUCUCGUGCCAACAUACAUCUAUAAUUCAUUUUUAUUUGAUUGUUAUCUAGGUUAGUGUCGUAACACACUUAGCAAAAUGGCUGCUCUUUCAGGCUCCGUUCCAAAGCAGGCUAUGCCCUUCGAUGAUAAGUUGUUUCAGAUCAUUGGCGCCGAUGAGACACUCACAAUCGCCCAGUAUGAGAUGAGCAUUCUACCUGCAUUCCCUCCUAACUCCAUUAUUCACGACAAUGCGUGUGGCCUGGGACCGGUCACCCAGAGCAUCCUAGCUACAUCACCACCCGACAGCAUCAAAAUCCACGCUACGGAUGCCGUCCCGCCCAUGGUGCAAAUCUACAACGGCAUUUCGGCGGGUAAAAAAUGGCCCUCAAAAGCUAAUCUCAUGGAUGCACAGAAACUGAAAUUCCCCAAUUCCACUUUUACUCACUCUUUCCUAUCUUUCGGCUUGCCCAUCAUUGAUGAUCCUGUUGCAGCCGCAAAAGAAAUGUACCGCACCCUCCAACCAGGGGGCACAGCCGUGACGGCGUUCUGGCUGUCAAUCCCACAAGGAGAAUCCGCUCAGGAUACCCGUCGGGCGGUUUGGGGCCCCGAUGCACGAAUAGCCAUUGAACCCAAGAUGAAGCACAAUGAUCGUGAAUACAUCAGAAACCGACUGGUAGAAGGUGGUUUCAAAUUCGAGGAUAUUAAGCUGUACGAGAAAUCUGCAUUUUUGCCUGUCAAGGAUCUUGACGAGUUUGCGACCGCCAUCUGGAGUGCUAUUGGCCAGCCGGCUGGUGGGUGGACGGAGGAAGACGAGGAGAAAUGGGAUACAGCAGUGGCUAAGUACAAGGAGAUCCUCGCUAAGAAAGAAGGAUUUCAUGUAGAUGAGGGUGGGAAAAUUACCCUAGAGGCUGUCGCUCAUGUUGCUAUUGUCAAGAAGCCCAAUUGAAAUGGGCGCGGUAGCCAACAAACACUACCUACCUAGGUAAACACCAGUGUACAUGUAACUAAUUCGUGCUGGUGGCGUUCGUUUUUGAUACACCUACGUCACCUGCAUAAGGACUGCUGUAUGUAUAGGGAAAAUAAAACAGAUUCCUCAU